UCGACGCUGAUUGGUUCGCGGGCGGGUUUUCGCUGCAGUUGAUGUCAUCCACUGACAAGGCUCCCCGAGAGACACAGCGCGAGCCAGAGAGAGAGGGAUAGAGAGAUAGAGACAGUCAGACAGACAGAAAUUAAUAUCGCGUUGACUUAAAUAGUCCGUUCCUUGGCGAUAUAAGUCGAUGACAGCAAGUCAGGGCUUUAUAAAACACUCAGAAAUAACCUCUAAAGGGAAAAGCCGCCUCUGUAAUGUCUUGUUGUGCCGUCAUUCACCGCUAAGGAAACACCAGUCUCCGUGUUUUGGUAAAGGCUGUCAGCAUACUCAGCUAUAAAAGACCCGUCAGACCAUGAACUACGUGGGCCAGUUAGCAGGCCAGGUGUUCGUCCAGGUCAAAGAGCUGUACCGAGGCCUCAACCCUGCCACCCUUUCUGGCUGCAUUGACGUCAUUGUAGUGAGACAGCCUGAUGGAUCGCUGCAGUGCUCGCCGUUUCACGUCCGUUUUGGCAAGAUGGGUGUCCUCCGGUCCAGAGAGAAAGUGGUGGACAUGGAGAUUAAUGGAGAACCAGUGGAUCUACAUAUGAAGCUUGGGGACAAUGGAGAAGCUUUCUUUGUGCAAGAAACAGAAAACGAUCAGGAAGUGGUUCCCUCCUACCUGGCCACCUCUCCGAUCUUGUCAGACGGGGCCUUUAUGAUGAGCUCCUCCCUGAUGGGCAAGAAGAGCUCUGGGGGGCCGCCCAUACAGACCCUGGGCUCCACAGGGAGCACGGGAGAGACUGGUGGCGUGAUGAUGAAGAAGAGGAGAAAGAGGAGGAGGAAGGCUCGGGCGGACAGCGUGAGGAGGGAGGAGAGCGGAGACUACUCCGAGGGCGAAGACAUGUUCACCAUAGACAUCAGCUCAGAUGAAGGGACGGAGAUGGAGAGCAACAGGCAGAGUGCAACAAGUUCAGGCAUGAUCUCUGAGGGUCUUGAAAGUCGUUUUGGGAAAUGGGUGAAAAGUGAAAGGAUUUCAUCUCGGGAUGUAUUAAGAGAUGAGACAACCAGCGGCUCUUUCAAACAGACUGGUAUCUACACUCGUUCAGAUGGAGAGUGGAGCCCUAUUCAGAGCCCUGGAAACUCUCGUCCCACCUCUCCCAAGAGUGACUCUGAACUAAUGACCAAGCCAUCAGAUGCAGACAAUCAGAAUCCAGCCAUACACUGGGCGUGGGGAGAGCUGCCACAGGCUGCCACGCCAUCCUUCCUCCCAGUAAAAUCUGAACCUCCACCAGUUUUUCCAGUAUCCAUCCCGGUGUCUGAAAGCACUCACUUCCGUGUGAUAACUCACGAAACGUCUUCAGAACAGUGUGGCCCCUGCUCUGAAAUAUCAGCUCUCAGGCUGCUAAUGACGGUGGAGCACGCCGAGGAAACAGCCGGGAUGGAGUCUGAAUCCGUGAGGAUGGAAUCGCAGACAGUCAGUGCAGAGACGCAGGUUACAACAGCGGAAAGUGUGGCAGCUCGUAUGAUGUCUGAUAUGGAGGAGACAAUGUCUCGUCCAGCAGGCAAAACAGACUCUCCGUCCAAGAGAAAAGACAAGAGAAGCCGCCAUCUUGGUUCUGAUGGGGUUUACCUGGAUGACAUCACCGAGCUCGAGCCUGAAGUGGCGGCCCUUUAUUUCCCUAAGAGUGACGGCGGCGCAGCAGUGAGGAGCGUCUCAGACCCCGGCCUCCACAGCACCAGUCUGUCCCCACAGUUGGUCAGCUCUGGAGGAGACAGCGGAGUGGACAGCUACUGCGACCCCAUGGGCGACUUGCCAUCUAUCACCAUCUCUUUGUGUGGAGGACUCACCGACAACAGGGAGAUCACUAAAGAGCAGUUUCACGAGAAGAUGAUCUCUUACCAGCAGUUUGCAGAAAACCCCUCCAUCAUCGAUGACCCCAACUUAGUGGUGAAAAUUGGCUCCAAGUACUAUAAUUGGAACACUGCGGCUCCACUUAUGCUGGCUAUGCAAGCCUUUCAGAAACCGCUGCCAAAGGCUGCAGUGGAGAACAUCAUGAAGGAGAAGAUGCCCAAGAAAGGAGGGAGGUGGUGGUUCUCCUGGCGAGGCAGAAACAGCAGCACCAAAUCGGAUUCAAUAUCUGAGCGUGGGGCCUGUGGCUCUGCUGAGCAGGAUGGGGAAAUGACAAGCAGACAUAAAGAAGAGUCGUCCUCCAGCGAUGAAGACCACAGGGCAACCAAACAGAGCUCUUCCACUGUCCAAUCAGAGCCUGGGCUCACACUAGGAGGCGUGUCUUAUAAGAAAACACUCCGACUCACAUCAGAGCAGCUGCUGUCUCUCCAGCUGCAGGAUGGUCCUAAUGACGCUGUGUUCAGUGUGACCACUCAGUACCAGGGAACCUGUCGCUGUCAGGGCACCAUCUACCUGUGGAACUGGGACGACAAGAUAAUUAUCUCAGACAUAGAUGGAACCAUCACCAGGUCAGACACAUUGGGUCACAUCCUGCCCACGCUGGGGAAAGACUGGACUCACCAGGGCAUUGCUCACCUCUACCACAAAGUCAGCCAAAAUGGAUACAAAUUCCUGUACUGUUCAGCACGAGCUAUCGGCAUGGCUGACAUGACCAGAGGUUAUCUCCACUGGGUCAAUGAGAGGGGCACCAUGCUCCCUAUGGGUCCUGUCCUUCUCAGCCCGAGCAGCCUCUUUUCAGCUCUGCACAGGGAGGUUAUUGAGAAGAAACCAGAGAAAUUUAAGGUGGAGUGUCUAAACGAUAUCAAGAAUCUCUUCUACCCCAACAAACAGCCGUUCUAUGCAGCGUUUGGCAACAGACCAACGGAUGUAUAUUCCUAUAAAGAAGUAGGAGUGCCACUGAACAGGAUUUUUACAGUCAACCCAAAAGGCGAGCUAGUGCAGGAACAUGCCAAGACCAACAUCUCAUCUUAUGUACGUCUGGGUGAGGUGGUCGACCACGUGUUCCCUCUGAAAAUGCGAGCCUCCUCCUCAGACUUCCCCUGCUCGGACACCUUCAGCCACUUUACCUACUGGAGGCAGCAGCUCCCCCGGGUGGAGCAUCAAGGAACUACGCCACCACAGACUCCCAGUCCUGGCAGCUGACUACCUGUGGCCUGCUGAGUAGCUUCCUAGCAGGCAAAGCACGGACUGACUGACAUGUGCGUGAGAUGUAGCAGUCAUUUGAACAGUGAUGGUUACAUGUGUGUGAUAUGAAUUUGUAGAUUUUUGUAGAAGAUGGAGCACUUUUAGUGCACAGCAGAGAGCUACUUAAGUAGAUUAAUCUGCUGUGAAUACACAUAACGCACAAGAUGGAUGUAAACGCACUUUUAUGAAAAGAUUGCAUCUGUAGCCUUCCUAGAUGUAUGUAUAUGAGAAAUUAUAGUAAGUUAUUCAGGCAGCUUAGCACAUAUCAUAUUUUGAGUGAGUGUUGACAUUAUUUCAGUAGUUAGACUCUCUAGUCUAUUUAUGCAGACAGUUGUAUAGUAUUUAACAGACGAUAUAAUCUGUUCACAAGUGUAUCAUAUAGAACACAACCAUACUGUGCAGAAAUGCAAGUUACUUCAACUUGUGCCAAAUACUCAUUGUAGAAUUUAUUUUCUUACUCUUAACUUUUUCAGUCAAGACUGUUACAGCUCCUCAAUCAGCAUGAAAAUGAAUAUAUAGACAUGCAGGCGAGUAUUUACUUUAUAGCAACGUGUGUGUGUGUGUGUAAUCUAUUAUUCUUCUCUCGUUUAAAGUCAGUAUUAGUUAUAUAGUACAUUGAAACGUGUUACAGAGCACAAUGGAUGAAUAAACGCCGGUGUAGCUUGAUAUUAAGGACAAGAAUCCUGACAGAAGGUACAAUAUAGAGACAGUUUAUAGAACCAGUGUGUAGGACUUAGUGACAUCUAAUGGUUGCAGGUUGCAACACCGCUCGUUUCUGUAUUUCACCAGCUGGGAAUGAGAACGGGCUGCAAAGUGUGUAGGAGAAACUACGGUGGCUGAGAAAUAUAUUCAGGUGAUUAUACACUAAUGGAAAUACCUUAGUGUACCUAUGAAUAUUAUAUUCAAUUUCUACCAAUAGAUCCUCCUAAAUCUUACACACUGGACCUUUAAAAUUAAUUAUUUAUUGCUGCUGACAAGAGAACAGAAACCACAACACAAUCUUUAAUGUUCGUAACCAUCAGUUAUCUCUCAAAAUCAAUGAGUAACUGAUGCAAAUUGCUGAAUUAUUUUGAUUUUUCGGUUGAAAUCACAGUCUCUGUUGCAGAAUGUCAUUUCUGUGAUGACCUUCAUGAAACAUCUUUUAAUUUAUCCACACAGUUACAGUUCCUAUUGAUAAUCUAGUCUAUGAGACUGUGGAACACCUGUCUAAGUGCCAUUAAGUAUAUUUUAUUUAUUCACCUGAUUCUAUACUGACUGAUACGUGUAGUUUACACUUGUGUGUUAACAUACACCCAUUUGUUAUUUUACUGUAGAGUUACUGCCAUUCCCUUGUAAUGUCACUUAAAGCAAAACCCAAAUCUGAAAACGCUUAUCAGACUUUCCACAGCUUAGAGAGGAUCAUAUGUUUGACUUUUCUCUGAGUAACAGACACUUGAAAAGGGAUCUGUUUUCCUUAUAAUCCCACUGCUAACCUGAAGUCAUAUACAGUAUAUGAGCAGGAGCUGCUAUCAUGGUGACCUGCAAAUAAACUACCCGAACAGUAUCAUUCAUCACAGGAGGUCUGAGUCAGCUUAUGACAGAAGAUGUGUAUAUAAUGCUUGAACACUGUUAUUAUUCUUUCCAUGAAAGAGCUAAAAUAGCCUAAAAGUGUGAUAUAUUUGCCUUAACUGUGAACAAUAUGCUCAAUAAUUUGUUCAUUUACUCCCUCCAUUUCCUCUUUUGACCAGUUCACUGUUAAAUUGGUGUAAUUAACCUCAAUAAAAAAAUGCCUUGGUACAUCAA